UUUCCCGCGCGAUUCAGCGUUGUCUCUUCUCUCUUUCUUUUCUCUCCAUUAAAUUCGACUAUUAUUUUGUCGAUGUAGAAAUAUGAAAUUUUUGUAUUAAUGUGUUAAUGUAUUAAUCUAUUAAUAUAUGUUAUAUCUAAUAUAUCGAAUUUAUUUAUUAUAUUAAAGUUAAUUUAUAUCCAAAGUCAAAAAAUAAUCAAUAUGCCACCAAAGAGAAGUAAAGUGUCUAAGACUAAUGCAUCCAAAAGUAAACUUGCCAAAAAUAAAAAAUUAUCUGAUGUAGUCUUAAAUAAGAAUCCUGAUUCUAAUAAAGAAUCUGAAGAAUCUUCUACAGAAGAAACAGAAGAAUCAAUUAAAACUUCUGAAAAAUCUACUAAAAAUAACACCAAAACAAAGAAGAAAGAAGUCAACAAAGAAGACGUUAAGAAUUCUAAAGAAACUGUUAAAAAACCUAUUGUCGAUGCUUUGAAAGAACUAUCUUACAAAAAUAAACGUAAAGCAAAUGGAAACGAAGAACCUAUUGCUAAAAAAGCUAAAAUUGAUAAUAAACCAGCUCUUAAUAAAAUUGACACUAACUUAAAUGAGAUUCAUUUUGAUUGCGAUAAACUUAAUGCGGAAGGAAUGAAAUAUAAUUUAAAAAUUAGUACGUGGAAUGUAUCUGGGAUUAGAGCAGUUAUAAAGAAAAAUGGAAUGGAUUAUAUUAUCAAGGAAAAUGCAGAUAUUGUUGCACUGCAAGAAACUAAAUGCGACACUAAUAAAUUACCAAGCGAAGUAAAAGUGCCAGGAUAUCAUCAUUACUAUACAGAUAGCAAAAAACCUGGCUAUUGUGGUGUAGCUAUAUAUACAAAAGAGAAACCUAUUAAUAUCAAAUACGGUUUAAAUAAUUCAAAGCUGGAUGAAGAGGGCAGAUUAAUUACAGCAGAAUAUCCUAAUUUUUUUUUAUUGAAUGUUUACGUACCAAAUGCUGGAGCUAAGCUGAUAACUAUGCCCAAAAGAUUAGAAUGGAAUGAAACAUUCAAAUUGUAUGUUAAAGAAUUAGAUAAGAAAAAACCUGUUAUUAUCUGUGGGGAUAUGAAUGUAGCUCAUCAAGAAAUUGAUUUAGCGAAUCCUAAAACCAAUACAAAAAAUGCUGGAUUUACUAAAGAAGAACGAGAUGGUAUGACUGACUUUUUAGAUCAAGGAUUUGUCGAUACAUUCAGGAUGUUAUAUCCAGAUAAAGUAGGCGCUUAUACUUUUUGGUCAUAUUUUGCUAAUGCAAGAAGUAAAAAUAUUGGCUGGAGACUGGAUUACUUCCUGUUAUCUGAACGUAUCAAGAACAAAGUAUGCGAUAAUGUUAUAAGAAGUAGUGUUUAUGGAAGCGAUCACUGUCCAGUUGUCUUAUACAUUAAUUUAUAAAUUAAAUUUUGUACAUCUCUUUUAUUAAUUACUCCUCAUUUAAAAUAAUAAU